ACUAGGUAGCGAAGCCUAUAAGGGCGGAAGUGUUACAAGGCGGAGAGGUGAGAAGGGAAGCAGUGUGGAGAAGAGCCUGGUAUUGGUCGUAAUGGCAGAUCAAGCUGGUCUUCUGCUCAGGAAGCAGCUAGGAGAACUGAAUAAAAACCCAGUUGAAGGCUUUUCUGCUGGACUCAUUGAUGAUGAUGAUAUCUUUAAAUGGGAAGUGUUGGUUAUUGGGCCACAGGACACAUUAUUUGAGGGUGGUUUCUUUAAAGCUUAUCUUACAUUUCCAAGGGACUAUCCUUUACGACCUCCUAAAAUGAAAUUUAUCACAGAACUCUGGCAUCCAAAUGUUGCCAAGAAUGGUGAUGUCUGUAUAUCCAUCCUCCAUGAGCCAGGUGAAGAUAAAUUUGGCUAUGAAAAACCAGAGGAGCGAUGGCUGCCUAUACACACAGUGGAGACAAUUAUGAUCAGUGUUAUUUCUAUGCUUGCUGACCCAAACGGUGAUUCUCCAGCCAAUGUAGAUGCUGCAAAAGAGUGGCGGGAAGACCCAAAUGGUGAAUUCAGGAGGAAAGUUGCUCGCUGUGUUAGAAAAAGUCAAGAAAUGGCAUUUGACUGAACUAUGCAUUUAAAAGAAGCCUGUCUACAUCGAAUGAGCAAUAGCAUUCACAGGCAGAAGCAGAAUCCUGCUCACAGCAUGUGGCAUCUCACUGACCUCUGUUCUAGCCUCAAGUGGACAGUUUACUGUUUAAAUUAUAGGAUAGACUUCUGUUUUAACUGCAGACUGAUCUUCAAUCUUUAUCGGGAUCCUUAUUUAUUCAGAUAUAUAUUUUUGCAUAUGUCUUUUUAUAAAGGUGAAAUUGCUUUCUUUACUGCACUAACCCUUAUAUAUUAGGUAAAUAUCCAUCCUCCAUUUGUCUCUAGCAGUACCAUAUCUGUUCACCACAUGGAAAAUAGGGCUUAUUUCAUCCAGUGUUUCAUGUAGCAACAAAUAACAUCACUGUGCACUGCUUGGCAAGGUUUAAAUUGGCCAGAAAUUGGAAUGCUAGAAUAUUUUAUGCAUUUGCUGCCGCACAUGAGUUGGGCAUUGCAGAGCUUGAAUUCAGCCAGGAUGAGCUAUGUGCUGUACUUGGAUAUGUUGGUAGUCAAUGCUUUAUUUUUUAACCAUGUUUACGCAGUAGAAUGUCUGUUUUUUUUUUGUUUUUUUUUUUCGUUUUUUUUUUGUCUUGUGAACCAUUUAUUUGGUUAAAAAAAAUUAAACUAUUUUUGAGAUGUUUUGAUUAA